UAGAAAGCCCGAGUGAAGUGUGCACUGUGGCUUUUACGGCCUCCAGAACUCAAAUGGAUAGGAUUGAAAACAAUCUCUCACCGAGACACAGAUGACCCCGACUCAACCCCAACUUACCGAGUCAACUCGAUCCCCCGCUUAAACCCUCCAAUGCAACUGAUCACCAACCACCCUACCUCUUUCAUAAAAUCCCCAAUUCUAUCCCCCAAAGCCCUCAAGCCCUCCUUCUCGCUCUCCAACUCGCGCAAGUCAAACUCUGAUCGAUUCGCCCUCUCCCAGACCCUCCAAUCCGAAACCCUCAAAAUCCUAGAAUGGCCCUCGGUAUGCAAGCAGCUCUCCUCCUUCACAUCGACCUCCAUGGGAUCCUCAGUCGUCCAAAAUGCCGAAAUCCCCAUCGGCCAAACCUGGGAGGAGAGCCAGAAGCUCCUGGAUCAGACGGCCGCAGCGGCGGCAAUGAUGGAUUCUUGGACGUUGGAUUUCUCUGGGAUUGAGGAUGUCUCUGGGAUUGUGGAUUCAGCGGUUUCGGGUCAGUUGCUCACGCUUUUGGAGCUCUGCGCGAUGCGGGGAACGUUGCGUGCGGCCAAGAGAUUGUCUGAGAAGUUGGAGCAGUUGGCUGCUAGCGGAGAUUGCUCCGAGAGGUACUUGCCCCUGCUUGAAAUACUGAAGGACUGCAAUUUCCAAGUGGAGUUAGAGCAUAAAAUACAGUUUUGCAUAGAUUGCAAUCUGUUAAUCAUCCUUGAUAGAGCUAGCGAAGAUUUGGAGAUCAUUAGGUCAGAAAGGAAAAGGAAUAUGGGAAAUUUGGAUUCUCUGUUGAAGGAAGUGUCAUCUCGGAUUUUUCAGGCUGGGGCAAUUGACAGACCUCUGAUAACCAAGCGUCGGUCGAGGAUGUGUGUUGGUGUCAGGGCUUCCCACCGAUCUUUACUUCCAGGUGGUGUAGUAUUAGAUGUUAGUAGUUCUGGGGCAACAUACUUUAUGGAACCCAAAGAGGCUGUGGAGUUGAACAAUAUGGAAGUGAGGCUUUCAAACUCUGAGAAAGCCGAGGAGAUAGCAAUUUUGAGCUUGCUCACGUCUGAAAUAGCAGAAUUGGAAAUAGAGAUCAAGUAUUUGUUGGAUAGAAUUUUAGAAGUUGAUCUUGCUUUUGCAAGAGCUGCCUAUGCUCAGUGGAUGAACGGGGUCUGUCCAAUUGUCACUUCAGGGGAUUGUGAGGCCAUUUCUAGUGAAGCAGAUUAUACUUUGUCGGUAGAUAUUGAUGGUAUACAACAUCCUCUGCUCCUUGAGCUCUCUCUGGUAAAAUCUUCAGAUCCCCUUGAAUCUUAUUCUGGCAAUGCAGUUCAGUUUGGUAAUGGAAAUGGAAAAAUGACUUCUGGAAGUUUGUCAGGUGUAUCUACUUUCCCUGUGCCAAUAGACAUUAAAAUUGAAGGUGGAAAGAGGGUGGUUGUGAUAUCUGGACCAAAUACAGGAGGGAAAACUGCUUCAAUGAAAACCUUGGGCCUGGCAUCUCUUAUGUCAAAGGCAGGCAUGUUCUUACCUGCUAAGAACAGCCCAAGACUUCCAUGGUUCAAUCUAAUUCUAGCCGAUAUUGGAGAUCACCAGUCUCUGGAACAAAAUCUCUCAACUUUUAGUGGCCACAUAAUGCGGAUUUGUAACAUCUUAGAAGUGGCCUCAAAAGAAUCACUUGUCCUCAUUGACGAAAUUGGUAGUGGAACUGAUCCUUCAGAAGGUGUGGCCCUUUCCACUAGCAUCUUGCAGUAUCUCAAAGACCGUGUUAACUUGGCUGUUGUGACCACUCAUUAUGCCGAUUUGAGUAUCCUGAAAGAAAAAGAUAGUCAGUUUGAGAAUGCAGCCAUGGAAUUUUCACCAGAAACCUUACAGCCUACUUAUCAAAUCCUCUGGGGAAGUACUGGUGAUUCAAAUGCGUUAAGUAUUGCUGAAUCAAUUGGUUUUGAUCUAAAUAUAAUUCAGCGGGCUCAACAGUGGGUGGAGAGGUUAAAGCCAGAAAAUCAACAAGAGCGGAAAGGCGUGUUAUAUCAGUCGCUGGUACAGGAAAGAAACAAAUUGGAAGCUCAAGCCAGAGGAGCAGCAUCUCUUCAUGCAGAAAUUAUGGAUUUAUAUCAAGAGAUAAAAAAUGAGGCAGAAGAUCUUGAUAAGCGCGAAACAGCUCUCAGGGCAAGAGAAACUCAGCGUGUCCAACAAAAUUUAAAGACUGCAAAUUCUCAGCUGGAAACUGUGUUGCAGGAAUUUGAAAAUCAACUCAGAACUACCAGUGCCGAUCAAUUUAAUUCCCUGAUUAGGAAAUCAGAAUCAGAAAUUGCAUCUGUUGUUGCAACUCACUGUCCUCGUGAUGUUUUCUCUGUUAGUGAAAUGGACACCAAAUCGUAUACACCAAAAAUUGGAGAGCAAAUCUUUGUCAAGGGACUAGGUGGUAAGUUGGUUACUGUAGUUGAAGCACCUGAGGAUGAUGAAAAUAUCCUAGUACAACAUGGUAAAAUAAAGGUCCGUCUAAAGAAAAGCAACAUCAGAUCUAUUGCAAGUAGCAAAAGAAAUGCGACAACUGGUUCUGUCCCAAGUAAACAGCAGGGCCGCCGGAGCAAAGAGUUGCAGGGUCAUCCAGAGGUCGAAAAGGAUGAGGUGGCUUCUUAUGGCCCAUUGGUGCAGACAUCAAAGAACUCAGUGGAUUUACGUGGUAUGCGAGUGGAAGAAGCUUCUUACCACCUUGACAUGGCCAUCUCUGCAAGCGGGCCGUAUUCAGUUCUCUUUGUGGUUCAUGGGAUGGGCACUGGUGCUGUUAAGGAGCGUGCACUUGAGAUGUUAAACAACCAUCCUCGCGUAGCCAAGUUUGAACAGGAAAGUCCACUGAAUUAUGGUUGUACAGUUGCAUAUAUCAAGUAAAAUCUCGAUUGUUUGGUCCAAUGAACUAUCAUUACUCAAUCCAGUUUUUAUUUUUAUACAUACAUGUGCUAAAAUGCCAAUAGAUUUACAAUAGAAAUCUGGUUCAUUGAGCUAAAAUACCCUCAUCACCUCUAGGACUGUUCAUCCGGGUGGAUUUUUCUGGCCUGGUCCGGUACCUGAAUGGCAAAACCUAAACCCGGCUCAGUCCGGAACCUGGGUUGCAAAAUCCAGAUACAUCCAGUCUGGGUACCGGGUUUUAAAUCCGGAACACGGUUUUUUUUUUCGUUUCUUUGUGACAAUUUCUGGUAUUUGCGGGCAAGAGUACUGAGUUACCAUGCACGUACGUAGUGCUUGUCUGGGCAACAUUAUCUCUCCAGAUAAGUCAUAAUAACUGUAACCCACGCCGAAUCAUCCUCUGUCAAUCAUUAUCUUCCUCAAGAUGUGUCCUCCAGAAAUCUCUGGUCCCACAAGAUCACAACUCAAACGGUUCAGAUAAUGAGUUGAAGAGGUGGUCCCACGUUGAUCAUCCGAGGGUCGGGACAUCAAUUUACAUUCCACAAAAGAUAUAUGGGAGAAAAGUUGGAUGCUUUUUUGUUUGUUUGUUACGGGUAGCAGGGGACCAAGCAAGCCUUUAUCAGAGCCCCUAUCAUAGAGCAAAGAGGGAGGAGAACUGGAGAAGGCCUCUGAGGUUUAGAGACGGAAGGUUGAUUCUUCUUUUCGAGGCCAGUUCAUUGGGCACUUCCUUCGGUAUCUCUCUCUCUCUCUCUCGAAUUCACAAGCCCCCGGUCUUUCAUAGAACUCCACUGGCAGCAAAUUCUUUAUGGAAGAUUUCGUCUUUCUAUAAUAUUUGGAUGGGCACUUCUUUUUACUGUAGAUUUAAAGUGUGGAAAUGGGUAGUGGAGAUAUUUGGGUGUAAUUGAUUUGUUGAAGUCAAGUCGUUUGUAUAUCUUUUUGUGAUUUAUGGUCUGUUUGGCUUGUGGAAAAAUAAGGAAAAUAGAAGAAAACUGAAAUUUAUUGAGA